AUGUUUCCAACAUGUCUGUGCAGUCGCUGCUUUGUGAAAGAAUUGCUGUUGCCAAAGAAUUGAUCAAGAGAGCAGAAGCCCUUUCCAAGUCCCAGAAAAGGAAAAUAGAAGGUGGGGCCAAACUAUGUGGCAAACUGAAGGCUGAGUUGAACUUCCUGCACAAGGUGGAGGCAGGGAAGGUGGCCAUUAAAGAAUCCCAUCUGCAGAGCACAAACCUGACCCAUCUCCAGGCCAUUAUUCAGUCAGCAGAGAACCUGGAGGAUGUUGUCAGUGUCCUCCACGUCUUUGCUUACGAGGACAGGUUUGGAGACAAACAGACGCUGGUGGUGGACGUUGUUGCAAACGGAGGUCACACGUGGGUGAAGGCCAUCAGUCGGAAGGCCGAGGCCCUGCAUAACAUCUGGCUGGGGAGAGGGCAGUAUGGUGAUAAAAGCAUCGUUGAGCAGGCAGAGGACUUCCUGCAAGCAAGCCGUCAGCAGCCAGUGGAGUACAGCAAUCCCCACAUCAUCUUUGCGUUCUACAACAGCGUGUCCAGUCCUAUGGCAGAGAGGCUGGAGGAGAUGGGAAUAUCCGUGCGGGGAGACGUCGUGGCUGUGAACUCGCUGGUGGAACCGUCUGCAGCCAACCAGCACCUCAGCGACAGCGAGUCGGAUGAAGAAGGCCCCGAACUCCUGCAGGUGACCAGAGUAGACCGGGAGAAUUUGGUGGCCAGUAUUGCUUUCCAUACCCAGAUCAAAGUACAUGUGUGCAAUAGAGUUAACCUGGACAUCACCACCUUAAUAACUUACGUCUCUGCGCUGAGCUACGGCGGCUGCUACUUCAUCUUCAAGGAAAAAGUGCUAACGGAGCAAGCGGCUCAAGAAAGGAGGGAGAGAGUCUUGCCUCAGCUGGAGGAGUUCAUGGAGGGAAAAGAGCUCUUUGCCUGUCAGUCUGCUGUCAGAGAUUUCCAGUCCAUCCUGGAAACGCUGGGGGGACCUGGGGAGAAGGAGCGAGCUGCCUUGCUUGUUAAAAGGAUUAAUGUGGUGCCAGACCAGCCGUCUGACCGUGCCUUGGGGCUUGUGGCCAGUUCAAAAAUCAACAGCCGAUCUCUCACCAUUUUUGGGACAGGAGACACUUUAAAGGCCAUCACCAUGACUGCAAAUAGUGGUUUUGUGAGGGCAGCAGCUAACCAAGGGGUCAAGUUCAGUGUUUUUGUCCAUCAGCCGCGAGCACUGACAGAAAGCAAAGAAUCUGUUGCCACACCUUUACCAAAGAGCUGCUCACCUGACACUGGGCUGUAA